AUGGCUAUAUUCGCUGCUGUAUCUGUAGUAACCGCUGUGACGACAACUACGUUACAUGUAGUACAGUCUAAAAAAGGAUGUCUAUAUUAUCCAAGUGUUUGUUCAAUGAGAGACGAAAUUAAGAACCAUCUUUUACCAUCCUUAAAAAAGGACAAGGAAAGAUUCCUGACAUUAUACGGGCAGCCAAAACAGUUUGAAUCAGUAGUAGAUAAAAUCCAUGACCAAAUUCAAAUAAUUCAAGAGAGGAUAAUAAAAAUACCAGAGUUACACACAACCCUCAAUUUAAGUUUGUCUUCCUUAGUGCAAACUUAUAGCUCAAUGAAACAUGAUUUUCCUGAACUUGAUAAUUUUUUAUCUCACUAUGACGAUUGGUUAUCUAGUGUAUUAUCUGCUGCCGGAAAUGACGUGGCCAUGCUUCCCAUGGAGGUCUUGAUGGCAAUGCCAGCACUUGUCGCAGAAAGUGCCACCUCAAUGGCGCUAGCAAUGUCUGGUAUCGGUGCUGUUCUUUCAUUUGCCUUUGGAAUUGUAGAUGUAGUUUCAAGUGUAUUAGAUGAGAAAAAAGUAAGAAACCAAUUACAGAGUAACAAAAACGUCCUUAUUAGAGCCAGGACUAAACUUGACCGUGCUUUCAACGAUAUGAAAACAUUUCAAAAUAAAUUUUGUCAAUAUGUCGUCAAGUAUCUCGAGGAACUAUCAAGUAAAGGGAAACAGUAUGAGUUCACAUUCCGUUUACUUAACUUUUUUAUCUUGCGUACCUACGGUCACUCAGGUAACAGGUGCAGCAAUCCUGCUAUUGUAGCUCAUUCUAAUCCAAGAAACUUAAAAACUCUUCAACAACACUACUUACAACCAAUAGUAAACAAAUUAUCGAGUAAUGUUGAAUCUCUCAAAGUUAAAAUAGUAGAAGUUAAAGAGACAAAAGCUUUUCUGGAUGAAAUCAAUAGGAAAGUUAAACAGCAGCAUCAAGACCCAGUGGUGAUAUUCAGAUUUAUUAAAAGUAGUAUGCCAGUCAGAACAAACAAAAUGUUUGGCAAUCUAUUUGAUCUUCUCAAGUUUAUUUCUAAGUCUGUACUACCAGCAAAAUCAUGUUACUGGGGUCAAAACCUUGAUCAAAUCCGUCGUGGUAUCACAACGGUCCACAACUACAUUAGUGUUCCCAUAUGCAGUAGCAAUGAGUUAAGUUUAAUUGGUAACGCCAUGAAAACUGCAGUUCAUAAUCAUGAGGCCGUUUGUAAAAUUCACAGACAAGUUCAAGGAAGCGUUUUCCGAAACAAAUUCCAAACUGUGAGAUUCAUUGCCGAAAAUUUACUUCCAACGGAACAUUGCUACUGGGGAUACGACCUUGAUAACAUCCGAGGAACUCCAAAUACAACUGAAGUCAGUAACGCCAAAGUAGAUUCGAGUUUGCUUAGUACACUCCGUAACCUUGAGUCAGUAGGUCAGAUCGUCCUAGCUCGUAACAUGAUGGAAGGGAUGUAUUCAAUCCAUUCUACAAAAUGGCAAAACUUUCUUCUUUGUCACGUGUGGAACAAUCCAGCGGUGUCGAGGGAUUUACAUUGUAGUAGUUUUACAGCUUCCUCAACGUGCAUUCCCACAGCAUCUAGUUUCCAGUCAUGCUGAAAAUGAGCAAAAUUUUAAACUUAUUUUGUCAAAUAAAUUUUCAUACUAAUAAAGAAAAAUGUA